CCCAUCUGCCAAGUUACAUGCAGCCCUUGCCAGAUGAUGAGUGGGUGCCGCCCCCUUCAACCCUCCCUCUCGCAUGGGGGGCGACACAGACCUCCUACGAGUCCGGGGGCAGAUCGGGUGAUUGUGGCAAUGGGAUGGGUCCGAUGUCCACCUUGUUGACGGGAGGGCGGGGGGCGGGAGGGGAUCCUUUGCAACUGCACUUAUCGUCGACGUGCACGAUGGAUGCGUCAAGAACCGUUCUCGUGGAGCACAACAGUCGGUCACAGGGCGGUGUGUCGGUGACAAUGCAGGAGGCCCGAGAAGACAGACUGCAAACACAGUGGCCGCCGAGGUCAUCGUCUGCAUGCACGAGCAGCCAUAGCCGACCGCCAACGUUCUCGACUCCUGUCAGCAAUGGGGUUUCCCACACUGUCCUGAAUGGAAGAGUGACGACGGCGAUUGCGGCAGAGUCCCCACGAGUGAUAGAGAGGAUCAUAGCGCGGUACUCUAGGAUGCGUACGGACGUCGAACGUGAGGAUGGAGGUGACGCCAACGCUGACGGUGAGGAUGUGGCGGAGGAGUGCAUGGAUGGCAACGAUGAGAGCGAGGAGGAUGACGAGCCUGCUGUGAAGGAAGUCACAUCAAAGGGCGGAAAGAAGAAGGCAAGCAAGAGUCGUGGGAGGUCGAAGGCGAGGGAGGAAGGGGGGGGUGCAUAUGGCGAGAGUGGGGGAGGGAGCAUGCGACAGAAUUGGCAUUUGGACGAAUCGCUCGUCCUCGUGCGGUGCAAGAGGGACCUGGACGAUUAUAUGGCGAGCCAGGGCAGCAACUUCGCGCGGAUGAAGACGAAGACAUGGAAAUGGAACGAGAUAGCGAAGCGGAUGGCCCAACAGGGGGUUACGAAUAGAGAUGGGGAUUCGUGCAUGAAGAGAUGGGAAAACAUUUUCGGGUGGUACAUAAAAUUUUGGGACAGGGAGAAAAACUCGGGCGUGCAAUCUUUUUUCCUGCUCACCUCGAAGAAGUGCGAAGAGUUGGAGUUCACGUUCGCGAUGGAUCAACAGCUGUAUGAUGCCAUCCACGCAACAACCCCUAACAAUCAUGCCAUACACCCGCCUAAUUUGCUUGACACCGACGGACUGCCUCCACAACAACCGAAUGAGGGCGAGGCGGAUGGCCAAGCAAGAGGGUCGGCUGUCGUGGGAGAAACGUCUGCGAGUGACAACAUAGACAGCGCAGUGGGGGAUGGGUAUGGCAACAAAUCUUCAGGGCGCCCCACCCCACUUCCUCGGUUGACGUCGUUUCCAUCCCGAUGGAAAAUGAACAACCGCAAUGAAAAAAUAAAGUUCCAAGUAGAGCUGCCGAAGAUCAAGGCAAUGGACAAGCUGAUGGUCUUCGAACAAGGCACGCUGCCGAGUGUUGACUGGAUUGCCGAGUACCAAUGCUUGACAUCCGUCCCAGACAUUGAAAUGGGCUUCAAAGACAUCAAACACUACUUCAUCUCGAGGUCGUGUCCGGCGUUAGGCAAUGCCUUGACUCACAUCGAGGACACCCUGACGACACCGACGGAGCUCUUCGACAAGGCCGCGGAGAUUAUUGUCACGAACAAGGAGGCUAAGAAACUCCACCGUUCGUCUGCGACAGGCCCGAUCAGAGAUCAGCAUCGACCGAAAGUGGUCGUGGUCGUGGCGGCAAUGCCAAUCGACCAAACUAGUGAGACCGUGUCGACCAAUGAAGGGGACAGACUCGCAGCUGCCCGGGAUGGUGGCCGCCCCGACAAAGGCCGAGGACGCGGCAAGACGAAGACAAACACCACAUCUAGCCCCGGGCCUGGUGCAACAGCUCCAGCCCCAUGGUCCCAAUACGGUAUCUCAGAGCAAGCAUACAAGGCACGCACGAGAUUUCGUUAUUGUCUGUGGUGUAACAGCGAUCUCCACGAGACAAUGGGCUGCCCGCCGAAAGGCAAGGGCAAAUCAGAAAACGUAGCACCGCCCGGAGAAGAGGUGGUGGCCAGAAUGAAGGAAGAGUUCCGAGAAGGGGGUUUGGUGUUGGGGGCGCCAAACGAUGACGCCACGGAAACGAGGCCCUUCAUUGUUGAAACGGAUGCGGGACCAACUUCCUUAGGAGGGGUUUUAAUCCAAGGAGACAAGGAGGGAAAGGAAAGGCCUUUGAGAUUUGAGAGUCGGACUCUCUGUACGACCGAGAGGAACUAUUCUCAGUUCAAGAGGGAGACCCUUGCCGUCCUCCACUGUCUGCGAAUCUUUCGAAACUACAUCUUUGGCAGGAGAUUUAUAUUGAGAGUGGACCCGACUGCCCUGGCCUACUCUCUAAGGAAUUACGUUUCAUCGGAUCCAACAGUUGUCAGGUGGCUGACGUACAUCUGGAUAUUUAACUUCGAGUUAGAACGGAUCCCUGGAAACAAGAACCGAGCGGACGGGCUGAGUCGUAUCAACUGGGAUGGUAAAGAAGGAGAGGCGGUGGAGAAUACGCCCCCAGUUGAUGAAUUUUUGGAUCAAGAGGAAGAUGUCCGUCUCCACAUUAACAAGUGGUCGCCGCGAGUGCCCAGUUGUGUGCGCCAUCCUAUCCGGCAGGCGCCGAGCGGGUAUGAACGAAAGGCGGAGCUAGUCCUUAAGCCUUUUGAGGAAGAGGAUCCCUGGGGUGGUAAAGAUGUUCAGUGGAUGAUGAAGUUGGCGUUAGCUGGAUCGCAUAGCCUAGUGGAAGAUAUGAGGGCAAUAGAGGAGGGGUCAGGCCAGGUAGAAAGGCAUGAGGAACUGAUGGGGGGAAUGUAUCUCCUCGUCAACACACUACUCCAGGAAAACCUUGAUCAAGCAGACUCGUUGAAUCCGGCGGGGAAUGAGGACGAGGUGCCCGAGAGCCAGGACGACGAGUUUGAAGAGAGUGAGAUCAAAGAGGUCUUUCGUGCAGAGGAGUAUGAAGGGAUCUACCUGGAGUUGGGACUCCUUCUGUCAUGCGAAGUGCGGCUUAGAGAUGCGAGCGAUAGGGCUCAAAGGAUGAUGCAGCGCUACUUGGUGCGAGAUGGUCAUCUAUUCGUAAGGAGAGAAGUGGGGAAUCCCAGGAGAGUCGUCUGCGGUAGGAAUCGUCAGAUUGACGUUAUAGCAGCACUUCAUGAUGGCAUUGCAGGAGGGCAUCGAGGGAUACAAGCCACAUACGCCAAAAUAAGUGAGUUGUAUUACUGGGAUGGAAUGAUGGACAUGAUUGGGAAGUUCUGCCGAUCUUGUGUGCCCUGCCAGGAGAGGUCCUGUUUGAGGCAAGGAGAGCCGCUACAUCCAAAAUUAGAGCGAGAGGUAGGGGCUAUAGUGCACCUCGAUCUACUUUUCACGCCGCUUGGGGAUCAGGGCUAUAACUACAUCUUCGAUGCGCGCGAUAACCUGUCUGGCUUCGUAGACGGACGUGCCAUUCGUACGAAGACUGGGCUGGUCUUAGUUAGCUGCAUCGAGGAGUACUACCUGCGUUAUCCUUUCAUCAGGGAGUUCGUAAUAGACAGGGGAUCAGAGUUUACCUGCCAGGAGGUGCAGGAGUUGCUAUCAAGGUCUGACUUUACGAAGACGGCCAUGCCAAGAGGAGGGAAGGGGACACGGCCGCCACAAAGGCCGUUGGGGGCAUCAGGAGGAUAUGAGCGGCAUGGGCCUCGCCAUCGAGAGAGUACUCCGGUAUACGAUGAUGGGGACAUCGAGCUAUUCCUGGACAGUUUCUGGGACCAUGCCAGGCGUAUGGGCUGGACCGUGGCCCAAGCGAUUGAGAGAUUGGGGGGAGCCGGUAGAUUCGAGGAGCUCAUUGCCCGGAUCCGUAGGGAGGCGAUGACGAGACCGGAGGUGGAGAUGAGGAUGCAGGAGCUACGACCCUCGCCUGUGGGACCUGAUGCCAGGCCGAUUCGCCUAGAGAUCGGAAACGCGGCGGACUUUAUCCUCGCCUUCGAGUGGUUCAUGCAGGGGCAGGGUAUACCGAGAGAUGACUGGGCGAGGACGCUACCCCUUUUGACCAGAAAGGCGGAGAGACCAUUGGCUAGGCAGAUCAGAGAUAUGGCCCGGGAUUGGGAAAGCUGCAGGGCACACUUGAGGGAGGCCUUUCGACGGCCAGAGUCGCCUCGGCCCCGAGUUGAGAGGCGCCAAAGGAUCAGGAGGCAGAGGGACCCUGAGCCCAGUGAGGCAAGGCCAUCUCGAGGGGGACGGAAGGCCCUAGCCAGGAGAGAAGAGGAGUCGGAGCCUGAGGGAGAGGAGCGAGGGGCGUAUGCUAAGUGUGGGCUGGGGCCGGUGGAGUUCCAUCAUUUUACCGAGGGUGGAUUGAGGAGGUCGCCAGUGCGCACACAGGAGGAGGCGCCAGCAUCUGAGGGACCGCUGAGAGAGUUGGAGGCGCAUCUGGACGUCUCUCGAUGGGGGACGUCGCCUCGAGGCGAGGAGCGGAAGGAAGUGAUAGAGGUUGGAGAGGACACGCCCCCUCAGACUCCAGCGGUGGGUUUUAAACUCGGGGAUGCACCAGGGAGCACUCGCCAGGCAGGAGAGGGAUUGCAGAGAGAGGAGGCCCCAUUGCCCUCAUCAGAAAAGGCUCCUUCGCCAGAGAGGAGAACAGAAAGCAAGAGAGAGAUUGCAGUUGUAAGGAGAGAAGCCUUGGCUUUGAUUGACAGGCACCUAGCAGCUCAUACCCUGGAGCACCCAGACCUGGAGGAGCCAGCAGCUGCAGAGCCACGCCAGGAGUCAUGCCAGCCUGAGAAGGAGGUGGAGGCAAAGAUCCCAAAGAGGGUCAGCCAUCGCACGAGGGAGAGGGCACCAGCUGGCGAGACAGCUGAGGAAAAGAGGGCGAGAAGAAGCAGGAGAAUAGAAGAGAUAUGGCAGGAAAGGCAGAGGUUGGCGGCAGUGGGGGCACUUCCGGAGCAGCAGCAGGAAAGGCAGGGGUUGGAGGCAGCAGGGACACUUCCGGAUCAGCCACCCAGCGCGCCACCUAAGGCCCCCGAAAUCCCAGAGAUGAGGAGAGACUUUUGGGAGCAAAGGGCGGAAGGGCUUCCUUCUCCAACAAGAGCUGGAUUCGAGGUGGCAAGGAAAGCAGAAAAGAGGCUGGAUCGCAAGAUCAAAUUCCUAGCAAAGACCAGUUUCAAUCGGUAUCUGUUGGUGGAAAGCGAUCUGGUGGGAAAAAAGAUGAAGGAACAGGGUCAUGGGCUACGUUUAGAGACGAUGGAGGUAGAGAUCCAAGAGCUCAGAGCUCUGGUAGCUAGUCAGGCUACCAUUAUCGAGGACUUGAGGCAGCAGCGUCAAGGGGGAGCGGACAAGGCCGAGAGCAGCCGACAAGGAGAGCAGAGGCGGCCAGGACAGGGGUUGCCAGGACAACCAUCUGCAGCGGAGCCCCGCCAGGACCCACCUAUGGGGAGAGUUAUCCUGGAACCAGAGGAGGCGAGAGCCCAGAGGGAGGCAAAGAGAGAGGCCUUCGAGUUCAGAGCCCCUACUGAACUCGCGACGCUACCUAUAAUAGCAGCGGGCCCAGUCGUGCCAUUGGCAGUUGAGGAGGGGCAACCACCAUCCAGCAGUGAGCCAGCUCAAGGCUCGGCAGAGGGAUCCAUGGACGGGCUUCUUGAGGCAGUGCAUACUAUGCAGGAGGAGGCGAGUUUGUUUUGGCCUGAGCAGAGGAUAGAGGAACCUCUUGAGAGAGAGAUGGGGAUUGAGACAAAGGGUGUCAUUGAGGGCAGGCCCCAGAAACUGGACACGCCUGAGUAUGGGCCAGAGGGGGUUGGGGAUCGACCAGGGCCGAGUACCCAGGAGAUGGAGACAGGAGAGGAGCCUUUGGAUAUGCCUCAGAGCCAUGAGCUGAGCAGGGAGGCCAACGAAGCGCCAUCAUCGCCAGGAUCCCAAAGGGGGAAGAAGAGAUCAAGGAAGUGGUUUGAUACAUCCUGCUUCUUCUGUACGAAGGAAGGUCAUCGAGCCUUGCAGUGUCCUAAAUUUCUAAAGGACAAGGCUGAGGGGAAAGUUACAAAGGAAGAUGGCAGGAUGUAUGAUAGACACGGCAGGAGAGUGGAAAGAUCGGCAGAUGGGGGUAAGGCUCAACUAUAUAGGCAAAACCAGGAGGAGAUGAGCGAGUAGGACUGGUCUACCUAUAUGGUUGGCAUAUUGUACGUAGGACCUGAGCUUAGGAUUA